GGAGUCUCCAUGACGGGCUGUGUCUCGCAGCAUCAGUCUCUCUCCUCCAUGCCGCCGCUGCUGUGAUUUGUCUCGUCAGUCAGCAGUGUCCCCCUCCGCGACGUCCAGGAUGCCAGACCAAAGCUUAGCGAUGCUGUCCCCCCAGGAGGCGGCCAAGAUCUACCACGCCAAUUACAUCCGCAACUCCCGGGCCAUCGGGGUGCUGUGGGCGAUCUUCACCAUCCUCUUCGCCAUCGUCAACAUCGUUUGCUUCAUCCAGCCCUACUGGAUAGGGGACGGCGUGGACACCCCUCAGGCCGGCUAUUUCGGACUCUUCCACUAUUGCAUCGGUAGCGGCUUCUCCAAAGAGCUCACCUGCACCGGCAGCUUCACUGAUUUCUCCUCCAUUCCCUCCGGAGCCUUCAAAGCCGCCUCCUUCUUCAUCGGCCUGUCCAUGACGCUCAUCAUCGCCUGCAUCGUGUCCUUCGUCCUGUUCUUCUUCUGUAACACGGCCACCGUGUAUAAGAUCUGCGCCUGGAUGCAGCUUUCCUCAGCUGCUUGCCUUGUACUUGGUUGUAUGAUAUUUCCUGAUGGUUGGGAUGCAGACGAAGUCAAGCGUAUGUGUGGGGAAAAGACCGACAAGUAUUCCCUUGGUGCAUGUUCAAUGCGUUGGGCAUACAUUUUGGCAAUCAUUGGAAUUUUGGACGCUCUGAUCUUAUCUUUUCUGGCCUUUGUGCUAGGCAACAGAUUGGACACCUUAAUGGCUGAGCAGCUCAAACUUGAAACAAAAGCUAUCUAG